UUGCCAAUUUGACACAGCGAGGUAAGAAAUCAAACGGUGGAGAAUGAAAAAGAAAGAAAACAGUAGGUCACGCUCCACAUUAUAGUACGCUGAAACUGCCCGUAUUCGGUGACGGGCAAGCUGCCCGUUGUAGUAAACCAUGCUCAAAAUCCAAAUCAAGAAAAUCAAAACAUAUUUGUAAGAACCAGCUUCAGCUUCUCUCUGAAGUUUCUUUGAUUGCAAUUUAUUUUUCAGUUUUUUGCAGAAAUACGAAGAAAUGUUCGAAAUUGAUCAAGAAUUAAGAUUAAAUGAAAGAAUUCAAGAAUCUUGAUCACAUCAGGUUAGUUAAGAAUUCAUAAUUUCAGAAUUCUUGAUUCUUGAAUGUGUUCAGUUCAUAUAUAAAAUAAGUACAAGAAAUUAAACGAACUAGAUUUUGUUUUUGUUUUUAAUGGCUGAGAUAUGUUGUGGAGUAGUAAGUGAUAGUGAAGCUUCCUCAGCGUCGUGCGAGGGCGGAAUUUCCAGGGCCGCGAGGAGGAGAAGAAUGGAGAUCAGAAGAGUUAAAUUUGUCACCGGAGUUACACCGGAGAAAGACGAAGGUGACAAUAAUAAUAAUGUUAACGGUAUCAAACGCCGGAAAAUUGAAGUUACAGCUUCUUGUAACGGAGCUGGAGGAGAUACUGAAGAAUGCUCAGCUCAUGAGAAUGGAAAACCAGAGAUGAAUCAAGAAAUUGUAAUGAAGCUUGUUUUAACACCGUCAAUUUUGUUAAAUCCAAAUUUAUAUCCGAAAUACGGCGUCGCUUCAGUUUGUGGAAGAAGAAGAGACAUGGAAGAUGCUGUAGCUGUUUAUCCUUCGUUUUUUAAGAAGAAUCAAGAAUUCGAUUAUCCGUUACAUUAUUUCGGUGUUUACGACGGCCAUGGCUGCUCUCAUGUGGCGAUGAGAUGUAGAGAGAGACUGCAUGAGCUAGUGAAAGAAGAGGCGGCUUUAGCGGCGGUUCCGUCGUCGUUGGCCAAUGGAGAGUGGAAGAAGGCAAUGGAGAGAAGCUUUAGUAGAAUGGACAAGGAAGCUAUAGUUGCUAGCGAUGGAGGAGUAGCUGCUGCUGGUGGCGGCGGUGGUGGUAGUUGUAGAUGCGAAAUGCAGACGCCGGAAUGUGACGCCGUCGGAUCUACAGCCGUCGUUGCUGUUAUAACCAGAGAUAAGAUUAUCGUCGCUAACUGCGGCGAUUCACGUGCCGUUUUGAGUCGAAACGGCAAGCCUGUCCCUCUCUCUAUUGAUCACAAGCCUGACCGACCCGACGAGUUGAACCGGAUCCAAGCCGCCGGUGGCCGGGUUAUAUACUGGGAUGGACCGAGAGUUCUUGGAGUUCUUGCGAUGUCAAGAGCUAUAGGUGAUAAUUAUCUGAAACCGUACGUGAGCUGCGAACCGGAGGUGACGGUGACGGAGAGGACGGCGGGGGACGACUGUUUGAUUUUAGCAAGUGAUGGACUAUGGGACGUGGUGUCAAAUGACACAGCGUGUGGGGUGGCGCGUAUGUGUUUAAGAGGAAAAGGGCAAGUGCAGUCAUUUUCGACGUCGCCGGAGAAUGAUGUGGCGAUGGUGGAGAAUGGCGGUGGAGCCACUUCUAGUGGUGGUGGAGAAAAUUCGGACAAAGCAUGCUCUGAUGCUUCGAUGUUGCUGACGAAAUUGGCUCUGGCGAGACGCAGUACUGACAACGUGAGUGUGGUCGUGGUUGAUCUUAGGAGAGACACGUGGCCAUGACCUUAUUUGCUAGUUUUUAUUUCUAUUUUAUUUUUGGGUUUUUUUAAUGCUGAAUUAGUGUGUUUUUUUUUUGGGAAAAAGGAAAACGGGGUAAAGGAAAAUGAAAAUGAAAAUGAAAAAGAUGGAAUAGUAAGUAAAUGAUAAUUUAAUGUUAUACUAAAAGAAUUAUGUAAGUUAAGUUCUUUUAGUUCAAUUUUUAUUUAAUUUCAAA